UUCUAAUUAUAAUCCUGAGGGAAAAAAAAAACAAGCCUCUUCUGUUUCUCUCCCGACAAGCUUCUUCGUGUUCUUUGUAUCCAUCACUAAUUCUCUCUGUCUCUCUCUCUCUCUAUGUGUGAUAAUGGCGAAUAACGAAGACCUUGCGGAAGAUCCGAACUUAAAUGGAGGAGGAGAUUCCUUUGAUUCGGUCAGCCAACGAUUGAAAGAUCGAUCUAAGAAAGUUGCUCAGACGAGGGAGUUGCUGUCGAAACAGGCGGUUCAGACGAAGGAGAUCCUGUCGAAACAGGCGGUUAAGAUUGCUAAACAAGCCGAAGAACACGAGAGAUUCAUCAACAAGGUGACGCAUCUUCUCGGGGUGCUCGGAUUCGGAGGCUUUUGUUUCCUUCUCGGAGCGAGGCCCCAAGACAUUCCUCUCGUCUACUGUCUGUUCUAUGUGGUCUUUGUUCCUCUCCGGUGGAUAUAUUACCGGUACAAGAAAUGGCACUACUAUCUCUUGGACUUUUGCUACUAUGCCAAUACGAUAUUCUUGGUCGAUCUUCUUCUUUAUCCCAAAAACGAGAAGCUUUUCAUGGUCUGUUUUUCUUUUGCUGAGGGGCCUUUAGCGUGGGCGAUUAUCGUUUGGCGUUGCAGCCUGGUUUUCAGUUCUCUUGAUAAAAUUGUUAGUGUUCUAAUACAUCUUUUACCAGGGCUCGUGUUUUUCACGAUCCGGUGGUGGAACCCGACAACAUUUGCGGCAAUGCACCCAGAAGGCACAGCCAGAAGGGUGUCCUGGCCGUACGUGGAAGACAAGUCUUACCUCUUCAUGUGGCUGUUCCUUGUCCCCUUGGUCGUUUACACUCUCUGGCAAGUUCUCUACUUCCUCAUCGUCAACGUUCUUCGUCGGCAGCGUCUCCUCAGAGAUCCCGAAGUCAUGACAUCUUACAGGGAGCUGUCGAAGAAGGCGCAGAAGGCGAACAACAUGUGGUGGAGGCUGAGCGGAAUGUUAGGGGACCAGAACAGGAUGCUCAUGUACAUCCUGUUCCAAGCCGUCUUCACCGUGGCCACCAUGGCCCUGACCGUUCCCAUCUUCCUCUCCUACCGUCUCCACGUCGUCUUCCAGAUCCUUAAAGUCUCCGCCGCCGUCUGGAACGGCGGCAGCUUCCUCCUCGAGGUCAUGCCCCGUCAAGUCAUCCAGAAACAACAGAAAAAAUCCGACACUUCCGCUUCUACUGCUGCUCCGCCGCCGCCUGAAAACGGCCUUAUUUCGAGUCAGGGCCAAGUUGUAGAGUAACAAUCAUAAUCGUUAUUGUCGUUAGGUUUUUGUGAUGAUACCAAAUUCAUAGGUCUCGUGAUCUAUACAGGUUUCCUCUUCUUUUUUUUUUUUUUUUUUUGGUUGGUUGGGUUUGUGGCUCUGUUGUUUUCGUGGGAAAAAAAAAAGUCUUAAGAACGUUGUUUGUAUAAUUUUAUUGAUUUUGUUACACUUUCUCCCUUUGGGGUGUGUUAGAA